GGAGUGCUGGUGAUGUGUCUGCGCAGAGUACAGAACUGGGCACAGAUAGCCGUGGAAGCUGAGUUCCAUCGCUUCACCAAAGACCGUGAAGUGGCCUCGAGUGAGUCUGACUUCAUCAUCGCCUUCCGCCACCGUAUAGCACUGCCGGAGCACACACCGCUUUGGCUCAGUGCAGAGGAGACGAGGGGUCACCCACUGAUCCUCAGCAACACACCCGCAGACGGUGACCAGACACACGCAGACACGAACAAGCGCCCAUACGAUGCAGGCCACCCCAAUGCCGAGCAAACGCCAUACACAAACAAGCAUCGCGUGCAUGCAGGCGAUGAGAUCUCAUUGGCUGUGCGCGCCCUUGCGUUGGACGGCUUAGCGGACUAUCUCCGCAGGUGA